UCUAAACCCCCCCAGACAGGCGGACUGGUGUCAUUUGGAACCGUUGCCGAGCAACUGGUGUACGAGGUUGGCGACCCUCAGAAGUACCUGCUCCCCGAUGUCUCCUGUGAUUUUUCUCAGGUCAACAUCACUGAAGUUCCAGGUGUGGAGGGGGGGGGCGGUCAAAGUGACGGGGGCCAGAGGCUUCGCUCCAUCCAGUGAUUACAAGGUGUGUGCUACCUACAUGGAUGGGUACAGAGCUACAGCAGUGUGUCCUGUAGGGGGCCCCAGAGCCACAGACAAGGCCCGGCGCACCGCUGACAGCAUCAUCAAACGGACGAGACGUAUCUUCACUCAGCAGCAUCUGGAGGACUUCACUUCUGUCAACAUCCAGGUGUUGGGUGCUGAGGACACCUACGGACCUCACAGGAGAAACCUGUCUCCCAGAGAGGUGGUGUUAUGGAUGGCUGUGUGUCAUAAACAGAAGAAAGCUCUGGAGGUCUUCGCCAGGGAGAUAGCGCCUGCAGGAACGGGCAUGGCUCCGGGACUCAUGGGGAUAGUUGGAGGUCGACCGAGGGUCUCCCCGGUUCUGAAACCUUUCUUCUUCAUGCAUCCUAAAUCCCAGAUGAAGGUGGAAAUGUACAUGGAUGGAGGACAUGUCGAGACGCACACGGAGGUGGAGUUAGCAUCAACCGAGGCUCCGUCACCGAGUGUGGAGAAAGCUGGGCCGGUCACAGAUCUCCCUAGUGGUCCCCAUACCUUCAGGCUGGAAGAUUUGGCCUACACCCGGAGUGGAGACAAGGGAGACUCUUCUAACAUUGGUGUGAUAGCACGCCACCCUCUUUACUUCCCCUAUCUGAAGGAACACCUGACCGAGGUCGUGGUGGAGGGCUACUUCUCCCACCUCAUACAGGCAGACACGCAGAAUGCUGUAACACGCUAUGAGUUGCCAGGGAUUCACGCUCUCAACUUUGUCCUGCGACGUUCUCUCGGAGGAGGAGGGGUGGCUUCAAUGCGCAGUGACCCUCAGGGCAAAGCAUACGGUCAGAUGCUGCUGGACCUGAAGUUGUCUGGGUUGCCAGACCUCAAGUCUCUGGUCGGCUGAGAUGAAGAGGAGCUAUGGAUCACUAACAGAUGUAAUCAUUAAUGUUAACACGAUCAAGUGGCUCCCUAUUCCCGAGGCAGUGCCCUCCCUCUGACCAGGACUCUAAGCAGUCUAGCUGCUUAUUGAAGGGGAUAGGGUUUAGUUUGGGAGCUGAAACAUGAUGCAGUCCUGCGUAUCUCUGUGGAGAUAAUUAUCUGGGUCCGCUUGUCAUUGGGACCCUAUUCCCUAAAUAGGGCACUACUUUUGACACAAGGCCACAUAGGUAAUAGGGCUCCACUUGGUGUCUGGGUUUUAUCCGUUUCUAGAGUUGGUUUUCUGUGUCAUGACAUUAUGUGCCUCACUGUUCCGAAGUUGGCAACUAACAUGAGUUCACUGGGAAAUGUACAAAUAAAUAAUCAUCGUACCAUUGG